CACAGAUAGAUAAAUACAUUAAAAGUAUUCACUUACAGAAGCUUCAUAGCUCUUUCAAGCUGUACAAUAUUCAAGUCUUAACUAUAACAUACUACUUGAGUAUCAAAAUCAAACCACAAUGUCCAUUGAAAAACAGAUAUGCAACUUCUUUUGUGGGGUCCUCCAUUUCCCCCUCUUUGCUAUAUCUUCUGCAAAAUGACAGCCUAAGUAAACAAACAGCCUGUAAAGAGCUGUUGGAAAAAACUUGAACUAAAAAGCUCUACUUGCAAUUGUGUGUUUUUCAUGGUUCCAUUGAGGUAUUCCUUACUGGGUUUUCUUUCUUUUUCCCUUUUUCUUCAUACCCUUUUCAAAUCUUGAAGUUUAGUGCAGAAAAAAUUGGUUCUUUUGUUGUUUUAUUCAUAGCUUAUUGCUUGUUCUUUUUUGCAUUCAAGAAAGUUCAAAUCUUGAAGAUUAGUGCAAUAAAGCUUAGUUCUUGAUGUUUUAUUCAUAGCUUAUUGCUUUUUCUUUUUUGCAUUCAAGAAAGUUCAAAUCUUGAAGAUUAGUGCAAUAGAGCUUAGUUCUUGAUGUCUUAUUCAUAAUUGCUUGUUCUUUUUGCAUUCAAGAAAGUUCAAAUCUUGAAGAUUAGUGGAGAAAAGCUUAAUUCUUUCUUGUCUUAUUCAUAGCUUAUUGCUUGUUCUUUUUUCAUUCAAGAAACUUCAAAUGGAUCUAUGAGUUCUAGUGGCAUUGAGAGAUGGACUAAUUAAUGGUUUGUAAUAGUAGUGUUUGAUUAAUUCUCUUUAAGGGAAUUUGGAGUUUGUUAAAAUGGGGAUGUGGAUGCAUUUGGUUUUAGUUUUUGUGUUGUCAAUUUUCUUGAUUCAUGAGGGCAAUGCUGCAUUCACUCCUCCUGAUAAAUAUUUGAUUGCUUGUGGAUCUUCCAAAAAUGUAACCUUUCUUGGCCAAAUUUUUGUUCCUGACACAACACCCCAUUCUUCAGUUUCUUUAGAAAAUGUAGAGAAUUCUAUUGCUGCAACAUCCAAUUCCACUGCUCCAUUUUCAGUAUACCAGUCUGCUAGAAUUUUCCACACUACAACAUCUUACAAGUUUGAUAUUCAUCAAGAAGGUCGACAUUGGGUUCGAUUGUAUUUCUAUCCUCUCCCUGGUCAUAACUUAACAUCUGCCUCAAUCACAGUUGUUACAGAAAAUUUUGUUCUGUUGGACAAUUUUAGCUUCAAGAGAUAUAAGGGUAGUUACCUUUUUAAGGAAUACUCAAUCAAUGUUACUACAGAUAGCUUGACUGUUGCUUUGAUCCCUUCUAAUAACUCAGUCGCGUUUAUUAAUGCGAUUGAAGUUGUAUCGGCUCCUGAUGAGUUGAUUCCUGAUCAAGCCGUAGCUGCAUCUCCACCAGCCCCUUUUAAUGGCCUUUCUGAGCUAGCCUUUGAAACUGUUUAUCGGUUGAACAUGGGAGGUCCUUUGAUUACUGCUCAGAAUGAUACGUUAGGGAGAACGUGGGAGAAUGACGUUAAGUACUUGCACGUCAAUAGUUCUGCCGCGAAUGUUUCAGUUAGCGCUGCAAGCAUAAAAUAUCCACCCACCAUUACUCCUGAUAUAGCACCAAAUUGGGUUUAUGCUACUGCUGAAACCAUGGGAGAUGCCAAUACUGCCAAUGGGAAUUUCAAUAUCACCUGGGAGUUCCCAGUUGAUCCAAACUUCAUGUACCUCAUCCGCGUACAUUUUUGUGAUAUUGUGAGCGAGUCCAUGAAUACUCUACUUUUUAAUCUGUACAUAAAUGAUGACAUUGCUAACGCGGACUUAGAUUUGUCAUCAACUGGUAAUUUGGACGUUCCGUAUUACAAGGAUUUUGUCUCCAACUCCACAACAAAUUCAGGUAUUCUGACAGUCAGUGUUGGUCCAGACACAGGAGCCGCCGAUUUGAGCAAUGCCAUUAUGAAUGGACUGGAAAUCAUGAAGAUUAGCAAUGGAGCUAGAAGCUUGAGUGGGGUUUCAUCUGUUGAGACUCUAUUUGUGCGGCCUCACAAAAAGAACAAGAAAGGUAUGAUAAUUGGUUCUGCUGUAGGAGGAGCAUCAGCUGCACUAGCAAUUAUUGGGUUGUGUUAUUGCUGCUUGGUAGCCCGCAGAUCAAAGACCUCACCCCAGGGGCACCCAUGGCUUCCUCUUCCCUUGUAUGGGAACUCUUUAACUUUGACAAAGAUGUCCACAGUUUCUCAAAAGAGUGGAACGGCAAGCUGUAUCUCCUUAGCUUCACCCAACCUUGGUCGAUUCUUUAGUUUCCAAGAAAUAAUGGAUGCUACUAAUAAAUUUGAUGAAAGCCUGCUUCUUGGUGUUGGUGGUUUUGGUAGAGUCUACAAGGGAACGCUAGAAGAUGGGACAAGGCUUGCUGUCAAAAGAGGCAACCCGAGAUCUGAACAAGGUCUAGCUGAAUUUCGAACAGAAAUUGAAAUGUUGUCCAAACUUCGCCACCGCCAUCUCGUGUCUUUGAUUGGCUAUUGUGAUGAAAGAUCAGAGAUGAUUUUGGUUUAUGAAUACAUGGCAAAUGGGCCUCUCCGAAGUCAUCUGUAUGGAACGGAUCUUCCGUCUCUUUCGUGGAAGCAACGUCUUGAGAUUUGUAUAGGUGCUGCUAGGGGGCUGCAUUACCUCCACACUGGUGCAUCACAGAGCAUCAUUCACCGUGAUGUGAAAACUACAAACAUACUCUUGGACGAGAACUUUGUAGCCAAAGUUGCUGAUUUUGGUCUGUCUAAAACUGGACCAGCUCUUGAUCAGACCCACGUCAGCACUGCUGUUAAAGGUAGCUUUGGGUACCUGGAUCCAGAGUACUUUAGAAGGCAGCAGCUUACAGAGAAAUCAGAUGUUUAUUCAUUUGGUGUUGUCCUAAUGGAAGUGCUCUGCACCAGACCCGCAUUGAAUCCUGUCCUACCACGGGAUCAAGUCAAUAUAGCUGAGUGGGCCAUGACUUGGCAAAAGAAAGGCAUGUUGGAUCAGAUAAUGGACCCAAAUCUUGCAGGGAAGGUGAAUUCAGCCUCCCUCAAGAAGUUUGGGGAGACCGCGGAGAAGUGUUUGGCUGACCAUGGCGUUGAUAGACCUUCCAUGGGGGAUGUUCUGUGGAAUCUAGAGUAUGCUCUUCAGCUUGAGGAAACCUCAUCAGCUCUGGCAGAGCCCGAUGAUAACAGCACUAAUCAUAUACCCAGCAUACCUUUGACACCACUUGAGCCAUUUGAAAAUAGUGUGAGUAUGAUUGAAGGGAUUAACUCUGGAACUGAUGAUGAUGCAGAGGAUGCUGCCACUAGUGCUGUUUUCUCCCAGCUGGUAAAUCCACGGGGAAGGUGAAAAGGAACAGUCUAUUGUGUAUGUGACAUCCCAUAAUUUUUAUUUUGUGGCAUCAACGAAAUAUUAAUGCGAUUUAUAAAUCUUUUCAUUCCUAGUAUUUGAGUCAAUUUUUCCUAAUAAAAUGCUCGAGUAUGUACUGUAAAUGAUUGUUGCAGCUGGGCAUCCUAUUGAAAUUUGUCUUUGUAAUACUAAGAGUUGUAACCUUGUUUGAACUAUUAUUACAUAGGUGAUAGAGUUGCCUUUUUACUCAUAGAUAUCAUGACUACAAAUUGUCAAAGCGUUGUAAUCAGUAUCUCAGAGAGAAAAUAUUAAUCAAUUGUUGCAGCACUUCAGCAGCGUUAUCUUC